AUGUCGCCUAUUUUACUAGAUUCAUCACCUGCGGAUGAAGGCCUUGGUGAGGCCAUUGCCAUCUGCGGAAUUGCCUGUCGCCUACCAGGGGAAGUUUCAAGCCCUCGUGAAUUUUGGGAUCUGAUUUCCAAUGGUAGAUCGGCCCAAUGCAAGGUCCCCAAAUCGCGUUUCAAUGUCGACGGCUUCUAUCACCCCCAGGGCAUGGAUCGCCCCGGAAGUAUGAUCACAGAAGGCGGUUAUUUUCUUGAUGAUGACGUGCGAGAGUUUGAGAACAGUUUCUUUGGGAUCAACAACCUCGAAGCGAAGUAUAUGGACCCUCAACAACGAAAGAUGCUUGAAGUUGUAUACGAAUGCAUGGAAAAUGCAGGAAUACCUCUGGAUCAAGCAUCUGGGUCAAAUACAGGAUGUUAUGUGGGAAAUUUCACUGUUGACUACAUGGUGAUGCAGCUGAAAGACCCUGACUAUCUGAGCCGUUACUCUGGAACGGGUCUAGGCACUACAAUCUUGGCAAACCGCAUCAGCCAUGUCUUCAAUCUUCUAGGACCUAGUCUUCUUCUUGACACAGCCUGCUCCUCAUCACUCUACUGUCUUCACAUGGCAUGUACAGCCCUGCAGAAUCGCGAAUGUGACGCCGCCAUUGUUGCCGGCGCGAACCUGAUUCAGUCCGCCGAGCAACAUAUUGCUACAAUGAAAGCUGGGGUCCUCUCCGGAACAUCAGCGUGCCACACAUUUGACACUUCUGCCGACGGCUAUGGUCGUGCGGAUGGCAUUGGGGCCUUGUAUGUCAAGAGGCUCGAAGAUGCCCUGCGAGAUGGUGACCCAAUCCGGAGUCUGAUACGUGGGUCAGCGGUCAACGCGAAUGGCAAGACAUCUGGAAUCAGUUUACCCAGCGCCGAUGGUCAGGAGGCGGUAAUCCAAAAGGCCAUGGCCAAGGGUGGAAUCGUUCCGGACGACAUUACGUUUGUCGAGUGUCAUGGCACCGGGACCAAAGUCGGCGAUGCCAUCGAGGUUGAGGCAUUAUCGCGGGUGUUUCAACGCACGCCAAAUAACCCCCUCAUGAUCGGGUCGGUGAAAAGUAAUGUCGGACAUUCUGAAGCAGCGAGCGGAAUUUCAAGCGUGAUCAAGUCUACCCUUGCCCUUGAACGCGGCCAAAUUCCACCCACUCAUGGCUUAAAAAACAUCAAUCCAAAGUUGAAGGUUGAGGACAGGAAUAUCAAAAUUCCAACUGAGUUGACGAAUUGGCCAAACCACUCGUCUCGAGUGCGGCGUGUUGGUAUUAACUCUUUUGGUUACGGCGGUGCGAACUGUCAUGUUAUCCUAGAGCAGCCUACCAAGACUUUGAGUUCAUCUCGGCAGCUCAGACAACUGCCCAUCACCCAGUCCACAGUGAUCCUACCUCUAUCCGCUGCCUCAACCGCCUCCCUCGAAGCCCGCGUAGCGGACUUUGCACGAUAUGAAUUUGGUGACACAGAUAUUGCAGACCUUGCGUAUACAUUGGGCUCCAGGCGAACUCACUUUGCCGAGAGAGGGUUUUUACUUGCUCCGCGGUCACAGGAAAGCUCUCAUAGUUUCCAGACACGCACCUGGGUAACAUCAGCCAGCCCAGUCACAGGUGUUGCAUCUACUCCAUUUGCGUUUGUUUUCACCGGACAGGGGUCUCAGUGGCCCGGCAUGUGUCGUGAGCUCCUCUCGGAAUUUUCUCUUUUCCGGGAUACCAUCACGGAGAUGGACUCAGUCCUCAAGAGCCUCCCAGGGCCCCCCAGUUGGUCACUGAUGGAGGCGAUCUUGGAUGUUGAUAACCCAAGCCUCAUCCAUCUACCACAGCGAUCUCAACCAUGCUGUACUGCGAUACAAGUUGCCCUCAUUCGACUUCUGUCUUCUUGGGAAAUUGCCCCUACGAUGACAGUCGGCCACUCUUCGGGUGAAAUCGCAGCUGCCUUCGCCGCAGGUCAUGUCUCUGCAGCCGAGGCAAUCGUAAUUGCCUACUAUCGUGGAUACUGCGUCUCAAAAUCUACUCGUGUCGGUGCUAUGAUGGCUAUCGGCUUGUCUGAAAGCUCCACCACGGACGAAAUUGCGAAAGCAGGACUGGAUGACCAGAUCCGAGUGGCUUGCGUCAACUCUCCGGAGGGGGUCACCGUCUCAGGCGAUGAGAAUGCAUUGGACAUCUUCUUGGCGACUUUGCAACAGAGGAAUAUUUUCGCGCGCAAGCUGAAGACAGGCGGGCAGGCGUAUCACUCCCACCACAUGGUAUCCAUUGGAGAAGAGUACCAGGCCCUGUUGGAACGGGCCCUCCCUAGUUUGGGUCCCUCGAUUCGACAGCCCCAGGGUGCCUCUGUGAUGUCUUCGGUGACUGGUGAGCUCAAGUCAUCUGGAUUCACAGCAAGUUACUGGAGAAGCAACCUAGAAAGCCAGGUGCGGUUUGCUCAUGCGAUUGAACGCAUUCAUGAACUCACGGAGCACUGUUUUAUCGAGCUUGGCCCUCACUCUUCACUGGAACUGCCGAUCAAGCAAACCUUGGCAAAAGCCGGCGCAGAACUCAAAUAUGCUGCCCCAAUCAAGCGUAAUGUGGACUCGAUGGAAAGCAUCCUGAGCUUUGCUGGAAACCUGUGGCUCAAAGGGUAUGAGAUCAAUUGGUCAAAGGUCAAUGGCCUCCAGACAGGGUUGAAGUCUGUGCGCUCUAUGUACCGCGUGGUCACAGAUCUUCCACCGUAUCGCUUCAACUACGAGAACAUCCUCUGGAACGAAUGCCGCGCCAGUGUUGAAUACAGGCAGCGCAAGUAUCCGCAUCAUGAACUCCUGGGUAGCCUACUCACCGGUGGAAAUGCCCGCGACAAGAUCUUCCGCAAUAUCCUCAAGGUGGAUGAUGUCUCCUGGCUUAAGGACCAUAAGCUUGGUGAUACGGUCGUUUUCCCUGGUGCAGGGUAUUUGGCGAUGGCGAUGGAGGCUGUUAUGCAGGCCACCGACGCGGCGCGCACGGACCCUACAUUUCAAUUCUCCAACGUCAACAUCACGAACGCGUUGACCUUGAACACAGAAUUCUCGACCAGCGCGGAGAUCUUCACUUCUCUGCACAAGUCUGUCAUUACCAAUGCAGCCACAUCAGCCACCUGGUGGGACUUUGCUAUAUCAAGCUACCACAAUGGAUCUGCGGUACAGCAUGCAUCUGGAUCGAUCGCUAUUCACCCACGCAACGCGGCUCUGCAGUCAAAAUAUAAGCCACCAAGCGGAGCGCUUGAAUCCACAGCCAAGCGGACUUGGUACGAAAAAUUCAUCAGGCAGGGGUUGAACUAUGGCCCAACCUUCCAAACCAUCUCCGAAUUUUAUACCCCGCGUAUGAAAUCGGAGUCGUUCGCUAGUGCUACAGCGCCUCUAUUGAAGACAAGUGGCGAUUCCAUUUCGGUAUAUCCAGUGCACCCAAUCGCUUUGGACGGCAUGAUCCAACUAGCUGUGGUUGCAGCCACCAAUGGCAAACCUAAGGAGUUACGUGCCCAGAUACCCACGAGGCUGCCAUCGGCAAUCGUCCACACUUCUACUUCCUCCAAUCAGACUUGCCAAAUGCAUGCAGUCGUCAAACGGAUUGGAUUCGGAUACACUCAUGCUGGUAUAGAAAUGAUUGACAGCGAUGGACAAAUUGUGGCUCAAUUCGAUGAUAUUCGACUCUCCCCGUACCAAUCCACCAGUCAAGCAGACAUAGAAGAUAAGCGCCAUCCAGUUCUUCGGGUACUUUGGAAGCCUGACAUUUAUGGACUGGGGCUCAUGGCCAUGGAUGAUGCGCAGCACCAUGUCCAGAAGUUUGCUGAUGAGGCCCAUUCACCGGUGUCCGGCCCGCUCCUCAAGAUGGGCGCUAUGCUGGACCUUUUGGCGCACAAAAAUCCCCGCCUCCGUAUUUUGGAAAUUGGAAAUGAUGUGCAAGACAUCACCCUGGCUGUAUUGGGACUUCUAUCCGCACAGGGGAGCUUCAAGCGCCUGUCCGCAUAUAGCACAGCAUCAGUUUCUGAUGAUGGCACUAUCUUGGGAGGUCUCUUAAACCUUGAGACUGGAGAGCGCUGCUCCAGUCCCACUGAACUGGACCAUGAGUAUGACCUCAUCCUACUUCCGGCGAUGAACGAACAUAUCGACCGGGCCGUGGAUACCUUUGGCGGCUUGAUGGCCGACGACGCAUCCAUUUUGGCCUUAUGCCCCGGAUUGACAAGCAAUUCAUUUGCCUCGCGUGGUCUCGAUUGUCUUCCCGUCCGCCUUUCCGAGGAUGGUACAACACUUAUCGUUGCGCGCAAGCCGCAGGAAUUGCAACAAGUUUCACUGCAAAGGCACAAAUUCCUCAUCGUUGAGCGUGAGAAAACUGCGCUCGGAUCUGCACUGGCGGAUACCCUGAAACCCAUCCAAGGACAAUGGGUGAUGCGCGUCCGGCUAAAUGAGCUCACACCCGCACAUGUCUCGAGCGGGACAACAAUUUUCAACCUCUGUGAGAUAAAGUCUCCUCUUCUAUCCGUCAUCUCUGACGAUGAGAUGGCCCGCGUCAAGGUCAUGACAGACAACGCAACAUUAUUGGUGUGGGUUACCAAUGGUAAUAUUAUGCAUGGUGACAGGCCGGACUUUGCUCUUGUAUCUGGCCUGGCCCGAGCAUUGAUGCUAGAACAACCCUCGCUUAAGCUCUACACCUAUGAUAUUGACGAGCCUGAAACUCAAAUCCAUAUGACUGCGAAGCGUCUGGUAUCUCUUCUCACCCAGCCUGGUAAGAAGCCAGACCUAGAAUUUGCGCAGCGCAAGGGGGUGGUCCACGUCUCGCGGUUCACACCCGAUGACAGCAUUAAUACCCUCUUCCGCAACAAGCAGGGACUUGAGACGACCGAGUCUAGCUUACACGAUGCCAAAGACGUGAGACUCGCCAUCGAGCAAGCUGGGCAGCUGGACACUAUUUAUUUCCAGCAGCUGAAAGCUCCACAAACGAUUGGCCCGACCGAUUUGCGCAUCCGGGUCGCGUCGGUCGGUCUCAAUGCGAAAGACUAUUAUGUCUUGGUUGGACGAGUCGACACGCCCGACGCCACCUGUCAGUUGGAAUGCGCUGGCACAGUCGAACAAGUAGGGUCUCUUGUGACAGAUUUCGCUCCCGGAGAUCGUGUCGUUGCCAUGGCACCAAGCCAUUUCCAAACAUAUCAAACCCUUCCUCAGUGGGCAUGCCACAAGCUUACCGAUGCGGAGAGCUUUGACAUUAGCGCUACGUUACCUAUAGUCUACGCCACCGCCAUCUAUGCCUUGCACUACCGGGCCCAUAUCCAGGCUGGGGAGACGGUCUUGAUUCAUUCCGGAGCCGGCGGAGUUGGCAUCGCGGCAAUCCAAUUAGCUCUACAUGCAGGAGCGGAGGUGUUCACCACUGUCUCUUCAGAUGAGAAGAAAAAGUUCUUGGUGGAUAAACUUGGCGUCAAAGCAUCCAACAUCUUCAGCUCUCGCGAUACUUCUUUCCUCGAGGGUAUCUUCAGUGCUACGUCUGGGCGCGGCGUAGACGUCAUUCUCAACUCUCUGACAGGCGAUCAGCUACACGCGACGUGGAGGUGCUGUGCAGCGUUUGGUCGUUUUGUGGAGAUUGGCAAGAUGGACCUUACCACCGCUGGCCGUCUAGAAAUGGACCAAUUCCUACAAAGUACCACUUUCACAGCCUUCGAUCUCAGCCAUCUCUACCACACCGAUAGUGAGCAGCUUCACUCUCUAUGGAAUGACCUUCUUUCCCAGGCCAUGAAACUCUACCGGCAGGGAACCAUCACCGCGUUCGAGCCGCUGAAUAUUUUUGAUAUCGGUGAGACUGAGCAGGCAUUCCGUUACUUCUCAUCGCGCAGCAGAAUCGGCAAGGUGGCCAUUAAUCUUGAACGGGCUGAGUCCACCAUCCCAAUCCAACCCCUGAGGCACACCACGCAAUUUGACAGUGAGAAGAGCUAUGUGAUGGUAGGCUGCUUGGGCGGUCUGGGGCGCACUCUUUCGCGUUGGAUGGUCAACCGAGGUGCCCGGAAAUUUACCUUCCUAGGUCGAUCCGGUAUUGACAAGGCAGCUGCACGCCACCUGGUCCAAGACCUCGAAGCAUCAGGUGCCAGAUGCGAGGUAGUCAGAGGUGACGUUUGCGAGGCGUCUGAUGUCGAAGCCGUUAUCACUGCGGCUGCCGCCAUGGGUGAGAUUGGCGGAGUUGUGCAGGCGGCCAUGGGUCUGAAUGAAGCAAUUUUCUCUGUCAUGCCCAACGAAUACUGGCAUACUGGCAUCGACCCCAAAGUACAAGGAUCUUGGAAUUUGUACAACAGCCUGCAGAUGCACGGACGGGGCUCUCAUCUUGAUUUCUUCCUGAUGACUUCCUCCGUCUCUGGCAGCGUCGGUACUGCGACCGAGUCUAACUACUGUGCCGCAAACCAUUUCCUUGACCAGUUCUCUCGCUUCCUGCGCAACCAAGGAUAUCCGGCCGUUGCGGUUGGCUUGGGUAUGAUCUCAGAAGUCGGCUAUCUACAUGAUAAUCCCGAAAUUGAGGCCCUCCUUUUACGCAAAGGGAUUCAGGCCAUUGAUGCCGACGAGCUCCUCCAGCUCAUUGAUCUUGCCUUGUCAUCCAGCGCUACAAUGGGAAUAUCGCACGCACACGAUGAAUUAGCCGCUUCCCAUCUUCUGACGGGUCUAGAAGCCUUCGGACUAAAGGAAUUGCGCAAGAGAGGCUUCGAAGGGUCCCAUCCAGCUUUGGACGAUCCACGCGCCAAUCUUUUAGCCAGCGCCUUGGACGGUGGCUCGGAUGAGUCAUCGCAAGCGCAGAACGGAAGCCUACCUGCUGAGGUUACGACCCUGAUGCAAUCAGGUCACACCCUCGACGAGGCUGUGCUGGAUCACAUCCGCCGGCGAUUUGGCAACCUCGUCCUUUUGAAGUACGAGGUUGUGGAUGUCAAGAAGCCUUUGCUGCAAUACGGCAUGGACAGUAUGAUUGGGGCUGAAUUCCGAACAUGGUUCUACCAGAGCUUGACAACCGAUGUGCCGUUGGUCAUGUUGCUCGGCUCGUCCUGCACGCUCGAGUCACUUAGGGACCUGGCGAUGACCAGCUUGGAAGUGGGAAAAUAA